UCGGCAGGAAAUAAGUGUGACCUUUCACUGGAGGCAAAAUGUCAUUAAGCAGAUAAUGCACUGAUGAGAAGGAAGCUUGGCGGACCUGCAGGUGUAUGAUUCAUGGUUCAGUAGGCAGCCAGUGGGGCAGUGUGUGCUUGUCUGGUGGAAGCAGGGGGCCUGUGUGACAGUGUGUGUAUCGCUAACAGUCACAGUCACAGUCAGCAGUGGGUAUACUUGUUACAAGGACAUAUGAACGAUGGACAAGUUCCCAAGUGUGGUCACCCUCAAUGUCGGAGGAAAACACUUUGCCACCCGCUUGUCAACAAUCCGGCGCUAUCCCGAGUCCAUGCUUGCCGUGAUGUUCAGUGGCCGUCACAACGUGGACACAGACCCUGACGGCAACUACUUCAUCGACCGCGACGGAACCCAUUUUCAACACAUUCUCAACUUCCUACGUCAUGAUGACCCACCACCAGCGGAUUUGGCAGAGGAAAUUCUCAAGGAUGCAAUGUAUUAUGGGAUAGAUCCGCUUAUAGACCAUCUCAAAAGUUCGCCAGCGUUAUUCACAGAAUAUGUUGUCAGGGAGAACUUACGUUCAAAGCUUGUCAAAUAUUUCGAUAUUAAAGACGACAUCAUCAACUUGGCCAAAGAUCAAGUUCGGCAAAAUGGAGCCAUUAAGUCAACUGUGAGACUAGUCGUUACUAAGAACCAACCCAUCCCUCGAGACCUUCAGUUCUCAAAGCAGGUUUAUAAGCAGUUCUACCGAAGGUUUAAGACCUUUGAUACUUUUGAAGAGUGUCUGGGGAAAUGUUUCAUUCAAGUACCAGCAGACAAGGUCAAAGGUCAGCCCGGUUUAUUAAUGAAUGAAGUGGCCAAUUGUAUUCUAUUUGACUUAAAGCGUGAUGGUUACAGCGGGAACUGUCAACCGGAAAGUAUUCACGAAGACAACAAAACAAAGACAGUCACGUGGUGUGAUGACCAGUUUCAUGUGUUUGCGAGUAUUCACAUUUUUACCUUCAACUGGCUGGAGAGUGAUAAAGUCCCAUCACCAAACCAUCAUCGCCUUCAUAGUGCAGACUUCUAGAUGUGGUGAUCCCUUUGCAGUGAUAUUGUCAGAGGGAGUUCAUGUGCAACAGAACAAGUCGUCGUCGUCGUCAUCAUCAUCAUCCUCAUCAUCCUCACCCACAUCAUCAUCACCCACAUCAUUAACAGCAGCAUUAAGCUUUGUCAUAUUUCAGAUAUCAUAUGUGACUUUGAGUUGAAAUUCAUCAUCAGCAGCAGCAGCAGCAGCAGCAGCAGCAUACUUCCUACCUUUGUCACAUUUCAGGUAUCAUAUAAUGAUACUGUGGAGUGGAGCUUUAUCAUUUCGGAAAAUAUAACCAUAUUUGACAUAUUUAGAGAAAAAGUGUUGGCUAUUUUGACUACCUAUUAAGGUUAGGAAUACUUUGUCACCAUUAUUUAUAUAAAACUAGAGAUGAAAGAACAUGUUAUCUUAUCUUAUAAAGCUUCCUCAAUGUGUUGACAUUUCCAAACAAGGUAGACAGUGUUUGUUGACGCUGGGCAAUGUAGUAGAUUGUGAUGGAGAUGUCUCCGUGAUCCCAGACAGAUCAAUAAAUAUCAGUCAUGUUGUUGAGAUGAACCUGGAACAUUAUUGGAACAUAAAUCUAAUUUAUUUUUUACCUUUCCGAAGGUAUUAUUUACUUCAUUAUUUGAUUUCAUACCAUUUGAAGGCCAACGUUCUGCAUACAGGAGGCUGAACAAGAACAUUGGUCAUGAUUGACUGGAGAGCACUAAAGAGGGACGACAAUAGUACACACAUAAAACAUAAGAAUUGCAAUAAUUUUUUAUAAUAAUUUGAGAGAUCUUUAAUUGUAAAAGGAGAAAUUGCUUGAAAACAUGUUUAUGACUUCAGUAACCAUGACAACAAGGGAUGAUAUGAAAAUACAUGGCAAGCUCAUAUUAAGAAGGAUUAAAUAUUGAGCUGUUUUUUUUAAGGUAUUAUCAAACGUUUUAAUAUAGAAACUUUUUCAUUUUUUGCUUUUGGAGAGACUUUGGUGUGGUGCUGUGUACAUGAACACUAUGUGUAACCCUGGUAACAUGUCUUCAGAUCAGCUGUGUCCACUUUGAUAUUUUCUGAAAUUUAAGAACACAGAUAUAUGUUUUCUUUUAAAUAUAUACCGUAUUCAACGUAAUAAGCGCUCAGGGCGCUCUCAAAAUUAGAAAUAGGGGGCGCUUAUUAGAAUAUUAUUUUGAGUUGAAAGAUCGUAAAUUUGGUGGUUUAUGCUAACAGCCUGAAAUGUUUACAUACGACAGAUAUAUUUUUCAAGAAUUUAAUUGCCCAUAAUUAAGGGUGAUAUAACACACAAGUGCGUAUUAUUCACAAAUAAAUACGUCUGGCGUACAUUGAUCAAUCGGAAGGGGUGCGGAUUGGGAUUGUUCACUAGCCAAUAUAUUAGCAAAUAUCGCCGUGGGCGCUUAUUAGAGCGGGGCGCUUAUUACGUCGGUAAUUGAUUUCUGUUGUGUUUGUAUUUAUUAUUUACAAUUUGUUUAAUGGAAUUCCCAAUGAGAGAGGUGUGCAGGAGUUGUGGAUUUGUGUCUCAGCUGUCAUUGAUAUGUGACUGGGAUGAGAAAUUGUACAAGACAUUUUUAUUCCUCGUUUAUAUAUUUAUUUUGUAUCACAGUUGAAUAUUUUGUACAGUUUAUUUUUGUUGGUGCGUAUUGAAUGUUUACCUUGGAAAGAUGUUGGCAUUACAAGGCCAGAACAGUCUAUUUAUAACUUGUAUCCUGUUUUACGAAUAUUCCUUGCCAAAAAUACCAGAAGCAGGAGGCAAAUAUGCAAAUAUGCCACCUGUUUCUGUCAUAUUACUGUAGGUAAUUGGUCAUGUGCCAGAUUAACUACAGACCCGUGAAGAUCCAGGUUAGAACUGGUGUUCAGCAACCCGUGCUUGUCGUAGGAGGCCGUUAAACGGGAUUGGCUGGUCAGAUCCUUAUACCAUUGUCAAGACUAUCCAAUAACUCAGUUUAGUGUCUGCAUGGAGAGUAAAUGGCUUUAAUCAGUUUAACAUGUGUAAGUCAUUGCAGUCCCAGACGAAUUCUGCGAUUCUGAGAUUGCAGGCAGAUUUGCAGAACAUGUACCACAGAAUAGCAGAAAAAUCACUGAAUAUCAUUUUCACUCUUAAAUGUUCUUGAGGUAUUAUCGUCACGAUAUGGCUGAAAUAUUGCCGAUGUGACGUAAAGCUUUAACUCACUCUUGUGGUAUUAUGACUACAUAAAGUAUGUUUACAUCUAACCAUAAAUAUCAGACACUAUGCAUAUGCAUGCAUGAUUUUAUGUCUUGAAAUGUGUAAAUGCAAGGGAAUGAAAUUUUUAAAAAAAUGAGUGUGUAUUAAUGGCAGAGGGUGAAUGGAUAUGUUUUUGCUGCAGAAUUUUCUAAUUUUACCACAGAAUAUUGAUAAUUUUACUGCAGAAUAUUGAUAAUUUUACGGCAGAAUAUCGAUAAAAUUUUAGCACAGAAAUUGUUUGGGACUGCUUAUUGACUAUGCCCAUUGCCCAAAGAUUUCAUAGUCCCUGUCAACAUUCUGAUUACAAUUAUAUAUGGUUAUAUAUAUGUAUAGAAUAAGACAACUGGUACAAAGGGAUGGAGUGAGUGAGUGAGUAUGGUUUUAUGCUGUUUUUAGCAAUAUUUGAGAAUAUCACGGCGGGGGACACCAAAAAUGGGCUUCAUACAUUGUACCCACAUGGGGGAAUUGAACCCGGGUCUUCGUCAUGAUGAGCCAACGCUUGAAUCACUAGGCUACCCCACUCCUCCCCAAAAGGUAUGGAGAAUAUUAGCAGUAGUUUUUGAAUUGUAUUAAUCUGGAUGUGUGCAUGUUGAGAGGAUGUGCACUGUACAUAGAAUACACAGAUAGGUACCACACAUCACUGGUGACAAUCACAUCUUGUAGGUGAUGAAUGAAGUGGUGCGUGUGUGUUGUAUCAUGUGCAUGUGAGGAAUUAUGUGUCAUAAUAUUGUGUCGUUAAAUCAUGUGUUGUGUCCUGUGUUGAAUCAUGUGUUGUGUCCUGUGUUAAAUCAUGUGUUGUGUCCUGUGU